AACCUCAAAAAUCAACCAUCUUGACUUUUGAAUAAUUUUAGAGCAUUAGUCAAAUGUUUAUGUCUUCUUUUUCUCCCUUUGCUUUCUAGUCCAAGUCUUCCACUAUACCUACCAUCAUCAACCUUGAAAUUUCGUUCAAAAAAAGUUGGAAAAUUAUACCCUAAUGACUCUUCAUCUAUAUAUCUCAAUCUUCAAAUUGUUCAUACGUAAUCCAACCUCAUAAACACGACGAUGAACUCGAAAAACCCGCACCUCUUUUCUCUUCUUACCUUUUCUAUCUUAUUCCUCUCUUCCAUGUCCCAUGCAUCAAUAACAACAGUAGAUUCCAUCUCGGCCGGGGAAUCGAUAUCUUGGAAUCAAACCAUAACUUCAAAAUCUGGCGUUUUUCAGCUUGGAUUCUUCAAACCAGGUGAGUCAUCUCGAAACUAUUACAUAGGCAUAUGGUAUGGAAAACUUCCUGUUCAAACAAUAGUAUGGGUGGCAAACAGAGAGACUCCAAUCUCUGAUCCAACCACCUCAAAACUACAACUUUCCGAAAAUGGAAACCUUAUUAUACUAGUCAACCAAUCAAAAUUACCAAUCUGGUCGACUAAUUUGACGUCCGACACUCCUAUCACUUCCCCUGUCAUGGUUCUUCACGACAGUGGGAAUCUCGUCGUAAGAAGCGCGAUGAAUUUGGCUAUAAUAUGGCAAAGCUUCGAUAAUCCGACGGAUACAUGGUUACCAGGAGCCAAACUAGGCUUAAACAAGCUUACCCGAAAUAGACAAGUCUAUUUCUCGUGGAAAAGCCUCGACGAUCCAUCUCCAGGCUCGUACUCGCUCGAGAUGGAUCGAAACGGGGAGAAGCAAUACUUCAUCAUGUUGAACGGGCAUCGUCACUUUGCUUGCGGGAUUUGGCCGGGAAGAGUGUCAGUUUUCGGAUCAGACGUUGUGAAAAACUCGUAUAAUGACAUGGUUUACGUGUCCGAUGAGAAAGAGAAUUAUUUCAUUUAUUCGAUUAAUCGCGACUCUCCUUCGAAUCUAACCAGAUAUGUGAUGGACACGUCUGGCCAGCUGAUGCAGCUGGCUUGGCUAAACGAGUCGCAGAAGUGGGAUUUGGUUUGGUCUAGACCGAAGCAACAAUGUGAGAUUUACGCGUUUUGUGGUGAAUAUGGCGGCUGCAACCAGUUUAGCUUGGUAACGUGCAAAUGCCUGAAUGGGUUCGAGCCGAAAUUUCAGCAGGAGUGGCAAAAUGGCAAUUUCUCAAAUGGGUGUGUUAGGAGAAUCCCAUUGGAAUGCAAUCAAGGGAGGAAUGAUGAUAAUGUCUUUGGAAAUAUUUCAAACAUCAGAUUACCUGCGAAUUCAAUUUCUAAAUCAGCUAAGAGUUUUGAAGAGUGUGAAUCAGCUUGUUUGGAUAGCUGUUCUUGUACUGGAUACACUUUUGACAAUGAGUGUUUGAUUUGGGAAGAGGAUCUGUUAAACAUUCAGUAUCUCUCCCUAGGCGAUAUCCUUGGACGCCAACUCCAUUUUCGCAUUUCCAAACGAGAACUAAUACCUAAUCCGAGCAAGAGAAACAAAGUGUUCAACAGAACUUGGGCUAUUAUGGUUGGACUUUCUGUGUUCUGCCUGGUUCUAGUCGUUUUCGCCUUAUGGACGAUGAUCAAGAAGAAAGUGAGACCCUUUCGCUCCACAAAAGUGGUUUCAGAGUCGAAUGAAGAUUCGCUGGUUUCUUUUACCUACGCAGAAUUAAAAACCGCGACGAAGAACUUCUCCGAGAAAAUCGGGGAAGGUGGUUUCGGAUCUGUAUACAAGGGAACAUUGGCUAACUCAUCGGUUAUAGCGGUUAAGACCCUGAAAUGUUAUGGACAUGAGGAGAAGCAAUUCAGGAUGGAAAUAAGCACAAUCGGAACAACCCAUCACAUAAACCUAGUUCGCCUUCGUGGGUUUUGCGUCAAACAAGCAAACCGAUAUCUCGUCUACGAUUACAUGCCAAAAGGGUCCUUAAACAGCGUCCUCUUUGGAAAUCAAACCAAAACCCUAGAAUGGAAGACUCGUUACGCUAUAGCCCUAGGUGUAGCAAAAGGGUUGGCUUACUUGCACCAUAAAUGCAGAGAUUGCAUCAUCCAUUGCGACAUCAAGCCCGAAAACAUAUUACUCGACGAAAACGACAACCCGAAAAUCUCUGAUUUCGGGCUGGCAAAGCUAUUCGGAAGAGAUUUCAGCCGCGUCUUAACAACCCUAAAAGGCACCCGAGGCUAUCUUGCACCGGAGUGGAUCUCGGGAGUGGCAAUAACUCCAAAGGUUGAUGUUUUCAGCUUCGGAAUGAUGCUAUUUGAGAUCAUAUCCGGGAAGAGGAACACCGAUAUGGAAACUAACCAUGAUACGGGCGAGUAUUUCCCAGUUCAGCUCAUGGCCAAGCUACAUUUCAGAGACAUGGAGAUUAUAAGUAUGUUACAGGAACCAGAUUGUGACAACCCUGAGGAGGUAAUUAGGGUUUGCAGAGUUGCAGGAUGGUGUAUUCAAGAUGAUGAGAAAGAUAGACCUUCUAUGGGAGAAGUUGUCAAGAUGCUAGAGGGGAUCAUGGAGGUUAAAAAACCACCAAUGCCUAUGUUUCUUCUCCAUAUUGCUGGAGACAUAUGUUAAAAUAAAGUUUAUAGCAAUAGUGAUCUAGUGUAACAUAUUUUGGUCAGAUUUUUUUGAAUCACUAUCUUUUGACCUAGUGUAACAUAUGUUCCUAAGUUAUAAAAAUUUCAUUUGAUAAAAUGGUAAAAACUAAAAGUGGAUAAAAAAGUUAACAAAAACUUGUACAAAAUGAAAUUUCAAUUAAUUCAAUCAUAUUCUCCAUACCAAAUGCAAAAGAAAAUAAAUAAAAUAUUUAAGAUUUUUCAAUGGUUGUG